AUGGACGUUUGGAAACUUUACAGAACAGAUAAAUUGGGUGAAUCAGUUGACCCUUGCCUGAAAGACUAUUUUUCGGCAGAAGAGGCAUCGAAGGUGCUUCGAAUUGGACUUCUAUGCGCACAAGCUUCAGCUGCUCUAAGGCCAUCGAUGGAUGAAGUGGUUCAAAUGCUAACCAAUGAAGAAUGUGAAAUUCCCAUGCCUAAUCAACCUCCUUUUCUAAGUGCUAGAGUACUUGAUCCAGCCAGCUCCAAUGGAGACUAUAGAAUAGACAGUUUAAUAUCAAAUGCAUUGACAAAAAUUGAGGUGUCAUCCACCUCUACAGAGUCCUCCAGCAUGCAGAGUUCAGAAGGUCCAUCAAGAAGUAAAGAAUGAAGCAGAAGUGGAUAUUUAUAUAGCUGUCCAAUGCUUUCCAGAGUACAAUUUUGUAAGCACACAGGAUCAGAUCCAUCAUCCCUAGCCUUGUAUGGGUAGAAGUUUUGAAGGAAUACGUGCAUGAUAAAAGCAACUUGUUGGUCAAUCUUCGUGGAUUUUUGAUGGAAAAUUAUGGGUUUUGUGUAGAUUACAACACCUCGGGGAGGAUGAAAUUCUCAGAGUAAAAAAGACACUGUACGAGGUUGCUCCUAUGUCAGGGUCUGGAGAUUGUAUAUAAUUUUACUUCAGUAUGUGAAGAGGUAGUUUUUGUUACUCAAACUC